GAAGGAAAAACGUAUAAAACGCCAAGCUCCCCGCUGAAGUUCCCGAACCCGACUCUCAGAUCCAAAAUGCUGCGUGGGAUUUUCCUGCUUGUCUCUCUCCUCAUUUUAAACCAGCAUGAAGCCCUCAUAGCUGCGAGCGUCACACCGAGGCCCAUCAUACACAACGGCUCUUACAUUAACCCUGAACUGGGGAGGUAUCACGCCCGGCUGAGGGUCCUGUCACGGAGCUGCAAGGACAUUAAAGACAAAUACGAAGUUAAAGAGGAUGGAAUCUAUUUUCUCACCACGGCAACAGGGAGUGUUUACCAGGCCUUCUGCGACAUGACCACGGCCGGCGGAGGCUGGACCCUCGUAGCCAGCGUGCACGAGAACGACAUCUUCGGAAAGUGCACCCCCGGGGACCGCUGGACGUCCCAAAGUGGCGCCAGUGACCGGCGGCCAGAGGGCGAGAAGACCUGGGCGAACAGAGCCACGUUCGGAACAGCAGAGGGCGCCACUGAUGAUGAUUACAAGAAUCCUGGGUACUAUGACAUCACCGCCCAAGACGUGUCCGUCUGGCAUGUUCCAAAUAACAAAGAGCUUGAGCACUGGACACAAAGUUCCCUCUUACGCUAUCACACAGAGACCAACUUUCUCAAGGACCAUGGAGGAAAUCUCUUUCACCUGUUUAAGAGCAACCCCCUGGUGUACGGGAGAAAGAAAUGUUCGGAGGAGGAGACCAAUGGAAUUGCUGUCCCAGUUGUGUACGACCUCGGCGAUAAACACAAAACCAGUCUGCUCUACGCACCCAAAGCUAGGGAACAAUUUGAGGCUGGUUUUGUCACUUUCAGCGUGUUUAACGAUGAAAAAUCUGCCCUAGCCAUGUGCUCUGGCGUUAAACCCACUGGCUGCAGUCCUCAACAUUACUGUAUCGGUGGAGGAGGCCACGCCUCAGAGGGCGCCCAGACCGACUGUGGGGACCUCUCUGCCUUUGACUGGUCUCCAGAUGGAGGUGAUGGAGAACAGGGAGUUUCUUCAGAGAAGAUCAGAUCAACCGUGCUGAUUUUCUAUUGCUGAUCCUCCACUGAAUCAGAGCUGUAACCUGCAGUAAGGACCAGACAGCUUGUCCACUCUUCAACUGGGAAAUCAUCAUUCAUUGGCCAAGAGAACUGUCAUUCAUUGGCCAAUAAGAGACUAACUGACCUGCUUGAGUUCUUUGUGUCUCUCUUGAGCAUUGUGAAUGUGAUGGCUGAGGCAGACAUGGUAACUGUAUCACAACUGUUUUACAACUCUGUCUUUUUACUUUGUUACAUUUUUACCAAUAAAUGAUGAGAGUAAAUUCC